AGCGUUUCGCAGUGGUCUGCCCUGCCGUGUUGACCCUGAAUGAGACCUGCACGUGCGCCCCGUCGCCCCGUGGCGUUGAUCAGGUUGGGGCAGGAUCCAGCAGGAGCUGUGCACCCCCCUGAAAAUCCACAUGAGAUCCUCUAUCUUUCUAUCUUAAAUCGCGAUGUUUGUUCAACAGAGGGCAUACACCCAUUACACCCUCAACAUCUCUGAACCAGAUGAACCUCCUUCAAAAUGGAUCUGGAACAUGAUUUCUCCCAGCAUGGCACCCCCAAUCCGGACCAUUUAUGAUGACAUUGUGUAUCGCAACAGCUGGGCCAUUACCCCAUCUUACCUCUCGCUCAACAGCUUACAGGUACCUGUGCACAGUCAGUGAAGAUGGGGUGAUGUGCAUCCAGUGCAAAGGCGAAAUCAUCGGUCAAUGCACUGGAUUGCCCAGCGGAGGAGGACAUUCCAGGAAGUAUCUCUACGUGGGGAAGUCUUGCUGGCCCGAUCGCGACAUGUUCCACGGGCGAGUCCAGCAGCUGAAGGUCUUCAACGGCCAGACGUUGGAUUGGCACGAAGUGGUGGACACAGUCUUCGAAGAGGGCGAAGAUGGUUUUGACAGGCCAUUCUUGAUGAAG